AUAUAUUCAUCAGCUGACCAAGACAGCAAUGCACACAACAUAGAUCGGUCUCUCAGUGCUGUCAUUAUUGAUAGAUAAAAUAUAAUUUGAAGCUCAGUUAGUUUUAUUUUAUAUCUUUAUUUGAUCACUUUUAUAUUUUAUUUAGCACACAACGGGGACGUUGGCAGUAAAAACAGCCUUUGAACAGGACGUUUAGCUCACAUGCUAGCGUGUUAUGGCUGGGAACAGUUGGUAGAGACUUUACAUCUUUACCUGCAAUGUAAACACAGGUUUAGUAUUUGUUGUAAGUACUGUAGUUUUGUGAAUAUUUGAUAAUUUGCAAUGGCAUCUAUUCUGGAUCAAUAUGAAGACUCUCAGAAUAUCCGUCAACACAGCCGUGUGUCAGCAGCCAACAUCGGGAUUACUCAUUCAGGGUUUGUGAAUGUAAGGCUAGAAGAAGAGAAACCCAUUUUCAACAAGCAGCGCAUCGACUUCUCACCUCCCGAAAAAAUCAACCACUUCUCGGUGUGCAACAACCAGUUAUGCAUGAGUCUGGGGAAAGACACUCUGCUGAGAAUUGAUCUUGGAAAACCUGAUCAGCCAAAUCAGAUUGAACUGGGAAGAAAGGAUGAUGGCAAAGUGCACAAACUUUUCCUGGAUCCUACAGGGUCACAUUUAGUCAUCAGCCUCACCACAAACGAAUGUGUAUACCUAAACAGAAACACUCAGAAGGUCCGAAGUCUAUCGCGUUGGAGAGGCCACCUGAUUGAAAGUAUAGGUUGGAACAAAUUAAUUGGCUCAGAGACCAACACUGGGCCGAUUCUGGUCGGCACCAGCCAAGGAAUCAUCUUUGAAGCUGAGAUUUCUGCCUCAGAGGGCAGUCUGUUCAACACCAACCCAGACCAGUUCUUCAGACAGGUUCAUUCCCUGGAGGAGGAUGGCAAGCCAGCUCCGGUUUGUUGCCUCGAAGUGGAACGUGGCUUGGAAUCCAAGUACUUCAUCGUUGCGACCACACGAAAACGGCUGUUCCAGUUUGUAGGAAAGCUGGCGGAGGGAUCUGAGCAGCAGGGGUUCAGCUCCAUCUUUGCUCAGAACCAGGAUCUCCUACCUAGCUUCCAGGAGUUUCCUGUCAAUAUGGGCUACAGUGAGAUUACAUUCUACACGUCAAAGCUGCGCAGUUGCCCCAAGAGCUUCGCAUGGAUGAUGGGCAACGGGGUUUUGUAUGGACAGCUGGACUACGUGCGGCCCGACUCUCUACUCAGUGAUGUCCAAGUGUGGGAAUACACACCAGACAUCGAUUUAAACUUUGUCAAGCCCAUCUCUAUAGUACUCACCCAGUUUCACUUCCUGCUGCUGCUUCCUGACCGUAUCAGGGGUAUCUGCACUCUGAACGGGCAAGUUGUACAUGAAGAUGUAUUUACAGAUAAGUUCGGCACCCUAAAAAAGAUGAUCAAAGAUCCCGUCACGGGGCUUGUGUGGAUCUACACCGAGAAAGCCGUGUUUCGCUACCACAUCCAGAGAGAGGCGCGGGACGUUUGGCAGAUGUACAUGAACGUGAAUAAGUUUGAUCUGGCGAAAGAGUACUGCAAAGACCGACCAGAAUGCCUAGACAUGGUGCUUGCCAAGGAGGCGGAGCACUGCUUCCAGAACAAGCGCUACCUGGAGAGCGCCAAAUGCUAUGCGCUCACUCAGAAUUACUUUGAGGAGAUUGCGCUGAAGUUCAUUGAGGCCAAGCAGGAGGAGGCCUUGAAAGAGUUUUUGAUUAAGAAGCUGAUCAGCUUGAAGCCCAGUGAGAAGACUCAGAUCACUCUGCUGGUGACCUGGCUGACUGAACUCUAUCUGAACCGGCUCGGUCAGCUGGAGGCCGACGACGGCAAGCAACACCUCUUUCUAGAGACCCGUGAAGAGUUCCGCACCUUUCUUAAAAGCCCCAAACAUAAAGAUUGCUUCUACAACAAUCGCAGCACAAUCUACGACCUGCUCGCUAGCCACGGCGACGUGGAUAACAUGGUGUAUUUCUCGGUCAUCAUGCAAGAUUAUGAGCGUGUUGUGUCUCAUUACUGCCAGCAUGAUGACUACAGUGCAGCUUUAGAUGUCCUCUCCAAACACUGCAAUGACAAGCUCUUCUACAAGUUCUCUCCGGUCCUCAUGCAGCACAUCCCCAAAAAGGUGGUCGAUGCGUGGAUUCAGAUGGGAAACCGGUUGGAUCCGAAGAAUCUGAUCCCAGCUCUGGUGAACUACAGCCAGAUGGGCAGCAUGCAGCAGAUAACUGAGACCAUCCGGUACAUGGAGUUCUGUGUGUAUGAGCUGGACGUCAAAGACGAGGCCAUUCACAAUUACUUACUGUCGCUUUAUGCCAAACACAAGCCAGAUGCCCUGUUAUGGUACCUUGAACAAGCGGGAACCCACGUCACUGACAUCCACUACGACUUAAAAUAUGCCUUGCGCCUUUGUGCCGAACAUGGGUACCUGCAGGCCUGCGUCUUGGUUUACAAGAUUAUGGAGCUAUAUGAGGAAGCGGUGGAUCUAGCUCUACAAGUGGAUGUAGAUUUGGCCAAGUCUUGUGCUGACCUUCCAGAGGAUGAUGAGGAGUUGAGGAAGAAGCUGUGGCUGAAGAUUGCUCGUCAUGUGGUUCAGGAGGAGAAAGAUGUCAAGAAAGCCAUGAACUGUCUGUCCAGUUGCAACCUGCUUAAGAUUGAGGACAUCUUGCCUUUCUUUCCAGACUUUGUUACAAUAGACCACUUCAAGGAGGCAAUUUGCAACUCCCUGGAAGAGUACAACCAACACAUAGAGGAGCUGAAACAAGAAAUGGAGGAGGCCACAGAAAGUGCCAAACGUAUCCGUGAUGACAUCCAGGAGAUGAGGAACAAGUAUGGAGUGGUGGAGUCUCAGGAAAAAUGUGCCACUUGUGAUUUCCCCUUGCUCAACCGACCUUUCUAUCUCUUCCUGUGUGGACACAUGUUCCAUUAUGAUUGCCUCUUUCAGGAAGUCAUUCCUCACCUCUCUGCCUAUAAGCAGAAUAAAUUGGAGGAGCUUCAGAAGAAGCUGGCAGCGACCACACAGACCACCAAAUCCAGGCACAAGCCCAAAGAGGAGGAUACGGUCAGCUUAGGCAAGGGCCAGGGAAGCAGAGAGCAGAUCAAGUCAGAUAUUGAUGACAUCAUAGCGUGUGAGUGUGUCUACUGCGGUGAGCUGAUGAUCAAAUCCAUCGACAAGCCUUUCAUAGAUCCACCGAAGUUUGAUCAAGAAAUGUCCAGCUGGCUCUGAAGGACACAUUUCUGCACGAGUUCAUCUGAGGGCUGCACAAUAAAACCUCUCUAAAGUUCUAUGAUUUAAAUUGUACAUAUGCUGAAAAAAUGUAACCAUUUGUGUAUUGUGAAAAUUGUAUUUUGUUUUGAAUUUUACAUGCGAUAUGCUAAAUUAAUGAAUAUUAACAUGCUUAUGUUAACAGAUAUGUACUAUACAAAUGGCCGCCUUUGAUUUAUAUGUAUGUUUGCUUCCAUAGACCAGUGGGCACUACAAAAUUUAAUAUGCAACUGUUUUCAUUUUGCAUUUUGAGUUAAGUGAAUUAAAAUCUUUUCUUUUUAAUGUACUGUAUGCAGCUAAAUAAAUAAAUAAAUGCUAUUUGACCA